AAAAAAAAAAAAAAAAGACGUCAAUUUCAGGGACGAAUUAGUUAUAACACUCAGGAGGAAAUCCAGUAAAACAAAAACGACAAACUAAACAGACAAAACAGUACCUGGGAUCUGAAUCCAUUUUGUUGGCCACCAUGAACAUGAACCCAGCGUCACAGAUGACCCAGCAAGCAGCCCAGCCUGGCGGUGCAACUUCUCAGCAAGUUGCUCUCUUCAACUCAGUCUUCCGUGAGAACUGCCCCUUCAAGUUUGUCUUUGGUGGUAUCACAGGUUUUGCUUUGGGAGGGGUGUUUGGAAUUGUCAUGUCGUCGUUUGAAUUUUCAGGACCACAACUGACACCUCAGUUACAGGAACUCUCGACCAGGGAGCAAAUGAGGAUUAUGUUGAAGGACAUGGGUAAUCGAUCGUACUCCUCUGCAAAGAACUUUGCUGUCGUUGCUGCGAUCUUUUCAUCCAGUGAAUGUUUCAUUGAAGGAUACCGAGCCAAGAAUGAUCUAUAUAAUGGAGCAGCAGCAGGAUGUUUCACAGGAGGCGUAUUGGCUGCAAAGGGUGGUGUCAGGGCUUCUGCGUUCGGAUGUGCAGGUUUUGCUGCAUUCUCAACGGCGAUUGAUUACUGGAUGAGGCAUUCAGAAUAAGGAGAAGAGGGUAUCCGCAAAGU